AUGGAUCCUAAUCAUUUUCAUUAUCAACAAGCUAUGUUCAAUUACAUGUCAAAUUAUCAAAAUCCUAAUCCUCAAAAUUCUCAAUUUCCAUCUGUGCCAACAAACCCCGCCAUAUUUUUUCCGGAAACACCGAUUGGGUUUAUGUCCGGAUGUCAAGUUCCACCAGUUUCUACUCCAGUUGGUACUGAAAAAGAAGAAAGGGUUGUCGUUAAAAAAAAAUCUCGAGAGCAAUUUACAAGGGAUGAAGAUAUAUUGCUUAUCCAAUCAUGGCUCAAUGUUUCAAAGGAUCCAAUUGAUGAAGGUACAACAUUCAAUCUUGAGUAUGUAUGGCGAUUGUUAAAAGAUGAACCUAAAUGGAUGGGAGAAUCGAUUGGAAAUUCUUCAAAAAUUACAAAGAGCUCUGCUAGUGGGGCAUCAUCGGAUAACCCAAAUACACCUUCAAGUUAUGAGUUUAACUCAUCAUCACCAAUGGAGCGUCCAAUGGGACAAAAAGCAGCAAAAAGGAAGGGUAAGGCAAAGGAAAUUCCAAAUGCAAUGCAAGAUGCAAGGAUUAAAAGAGCAGCAGCAAUGGAAAGACUAGCUCAAUGUAAGGAGGACGAGCUAGAACUAAAGGCGAUGAAUAUCAUCAUGAAAGACACUUCUACUAUGAAUGAUAAUCAACGAGAUAUUCAUGAAAAAUAUUGUAAUAAGAUGAAGAAAAAAUAUGGAAUGUAG